AUGGAGGCGUUCCACCGCAUCGAAUGCACGGUACUCGAACUGGAGAUGAUGCCAUUGCAAGUGUUACAACUGCCGAAUAUGGUAGAGACGAGCUCAGAUAGCAGAACGGUGAAUGAAUUAGCUGAGGGACACUGUUUGGGGCACUUUGGGAAGUGUCGGAGACUUCUCGUGGAUGAUUCGGAGGUGCCUCGAUGGGUUUCGAUGACUCAAGCGCAAGUUGCGCAGCUUGAGCUUGAGUUUCGAGUUGUGAAAACGAGUAUUUAUUGGCAGAAGGCAGUUUGGCUAAGGUGUGGGGCUGUUUGA